AUGGCGUCCAGCUCAGCCCUGUCGGUCCUUGUUGCCCUUGUGCUUGUGGCCGCCCUGAGUGUGCCUACGUCCGGCUCUGAAGCAGCGGACAGCUGGGACAUGUCCCACGUCCACCCCGGCCUUUCCAGGGAGCUCCUGGCUACACCUGUUGCCGCGGGCACCUUCUCUCCUGGGGGCCCCCCAUCCUCCACCAACUGCAACCCUUGCCCCGACUUCUCCAUAGCGCCCAGGCCAGGGUUCGGCAAGUGCAGAGCGUGCGCCGCCGGGCAGGGCACAAACCUUGCCAGAACCAAGUGCUUUGCUUGCUCGGGGGGGCCCCUCGCACCUUUCCCUUGCAACAAACCCCAAUUUGGCGGUAACCCCCAGGCGUGCCCUGGCUGCCAGGGAGAUAACAGCAUCGGCUGCUGCAUUCCCGGGACGUAUUGCUGCUAA